UCUCUCUAUCUCUUAACAAAUCGUAUCAUAGAAACAGCAGAGUUGUGUGGGAAGAAAGUUGAAGGAGGAAGGAGAAGCGGGGAGCUGCUGCCGACACAUUCUGCUCAGCACCACUGGCAGCGAACGAUUGGGAGCUCGGACACAAGAUAUCCAUCAAUAUUGGACAAUUAUUGAAGAAUCAGAGGACUGAACUAACAAUGAGGAAUUUGGUUUGAGGGAUCUACUCAUUUUAAUUAGAUCACACACAGACUUGGACUUUUUCUCUGCUCGCCAAAGUAAGCAUGUUCUUGUCUUGAUCUCUGAAUAAAUUAAUUAGUGUAAUGUAUGCGUCAUUUAAAUAUGUAGCUUUGCAUUGGGAGUACAACAAGUCAUAGAGCAUAGAGUUGAGAUACCACUAGUGCAGGCAUAACCUACAUAUACAGUAUAGCCUAUAUAUGAGUUUGUAGUCAAGCAGAUCUGCCGUGCGUAAAACCCGUGGCACUGUUCCCAGCUAUACUCCCGCUUGAGGCACGACACAGCGGAUAGUGUGAGGUAGAAUGACACGUCAAUAAUCAGUUUUAUUAAAAACACAAAGACACGGGAGGGGUGACUACGUUUAUACAUCUGUGGUGGUUCAUUAACAGCAACGGCUUGUGCGUAAUUACGGAUACGACUCCUUGUUGAAAACUUGUCAGAAUGAAGGAUAGAUACAUGGCAACAAAUCUUUCUCUUUGGAGUUGGCUCAUGGCGCGCGGUGCGCAUGAAGAAGACACACGCACAAGAUAUUUCCAAUGAAAGAGUACCAGUAGGUGAACUCACCGUGUUCUCCGCUGUGGUCAGAGCGCACACUUGCACACACCUAACACAUAGGUUAUUUAGGUCAAACCACUUUUUCUUCGUUUUCGUGUGGUGGCUGCUGAUUCUCCUCCUUUUUUGUCUUCCAAAGUAGGCUAAGCGUGGACACUAACAUGGCAGACUUUCUUCUAAAUCAGUGAAAACAGGAGGAAACAAAUCUACAUCUGGACUCUGUGGCAACAUCUUCAUCUCUGAAACCCACAAUGGAGCCCCUAGACCAGACCUACUGGUUUCCCCUUUCAUCAGACCUCAACUCCUCCUCUGCAGCCAGCCCCUCACCCUUCCUCUUUUCCCCCCGCCUCUUCAACAUCUCCUCCAACCUGUCCACUCAAAGUGUCCCCUUUCAGGGCAGCAGCACUCUGAUGACAGCAGUCAUCUCCCUCACAGUCUUCAUGGUGGGACUGACUGGCAACACUCUGGCCAUCUAUGUGGUGCUGCGCUAUGCCAAAAUGAAGACAGUCACCAACAUCUACAUCUUAAACCUGGCUGUGGCCGAUGAGCUCUACAUCAUCGGGCUCCCCUUUCUCACCACACAGAACGUGCUCUCCUAUUGGCCGUUUGGCUCCUUCCUGUGCCGUGUGGUCAUGACGGCAGACUCUAUGACCCAGUUCACUUCGAUUUUCUGCCUGACAGUCAUGUCCAUCGAUCGUUACCUGGCCGUGGUUCAUCCAAUCCGCAGCACCAAGUGGAGACAUCCCCGCGUGGCCAAGGUGGUGAGCGCAGCCGUGUGGGCCGUGUCCUUUGUGGUGGUCCUGCCUGUAGUCAUUUUCUCUGAUGUUCAGGACACAUUUAACUCCUGCAACAUGAUCUGGCCAGAGCCCAAGAACGUGUGGUCAACAGCCUUCAUACUCUACACUGCCACAGUUGGCUUCUUUGGACCGCUGCUCAUCAUUUGCCUCUGCUACCUACUUAUCGUUAUCAAGGUGAAGUCCUCAGGGGCGCGGGCGGGCUUCACCAAGCGUCGGCGUUCAGAGCGCAAGGUGACGCGGAUGGUGGUGGUGAUCGUGGUGGUGUUUGUGCUCUGCUGGCUGCCGUUCUUCAUCAUCAACAUGGUCAAUCUGGUGAUCAUCAUCCCAGAGUCCAGCGCCACUGCUGGCAUCUACUUCUUUGCUGUCAUUCUUUCUUACGCCAACUCCUGUGCCAACCCGGUACUCUAUGGCUUCCUGUCGGACAACUUCAAACAGAGCUUCAGAAAAGUGCUGUGUGUGAGGAGUAUGAGGUGCAAGGCUGGUGGUGUAGAUGAUGGCGACCCCAGCGCUCCACGCACUGAAAAAACCACAACACACGACUGCGUUCUGCUUUCCCCUCGUAACCAGAUCUACCAUGAUCCCCAGAGCAGCCAGAUCUCUCCUCACCCUCCAGGCUCGCCUACUUCUCACACAGCAGCAGACCUGCACCACUCCACUCCUACAUGCCUAUCUUCCUCCAUUUGCUCAGGAAUCGGACCCACAACUACCAUGGUAACCUCAAAAGCAGCCUCCAUGGAAACCUCCAUGGUAACCCCGGUUGAACUUCCCACCAUCACUGCCCUGACUACAUCCCAUCCAUAGCUCCACAGGAACUGUAGCCAACGGACAAUGAACGUCAGGUGUUUUAGGAAGUGAUAAGAGAAGCUGAGGAGGAAAAACACGAUAUGACACAAUACAAGUGGAAGCAGACGGAUUGGAUUAGCUGAUCAAAAUGGCAAAAAGUUAUAAUGUAAAAAUCUAUUUCUUGGACUAUUGUUGACACACACAUAAACACUCAUUCUAAAUGCACUGCAACAUUGAUGCUCCAUAUCGGUGAAACAACCUCAUAUUUUUCACGUCUGUCUUAGAUGUGUAUAUGUACCUGUAUGAAUCACCCAGCUGUUUACCAAGCCCCAUUUGUCUUUCUAUCCAGCCAUCUGACAUAAGUGCCUUUUCAGCCGCUCUCAGCAAUCAUCAUGGCUCCUGAAUGGACACAGAAACUUUUACACGUUCCUUCUUCUCUUUGUCAGCUUCUCAGUCACAGGAAAUGUGACUCUUUGCCUGCUCAGUGUCUUUCUGCAAACAUGUAGCCAGCAUUCCACUUUGUAUAUAUGCCUCUUAAUUUGUGUCUUUGUGCAUUUGUGGCUGUUUUGCACAUGUGUAUGUACAUAUUUUCUCUCUGCAGAAGCCGUGAUGCUAGUAAAUACAGAGUUUAUAGCAGCAUAUAUUGUUGCUGGUGUUAUAGUGUGACCAUGCUUUGCAUGCUAUUGCAAACAUGUCUGCCCAUAAGCUUUUAUUAUGAAAGGUCCUGUGUUGUUUUUGGGACAGGCUGGAGAGGAUUAUACCACGGCCAUAGAAAAUACUCAUUUCUGAUUGGCUGGUAGGUGCCCUUUAAAGGACACCUCAGAAUAACGCAGGUAACCAUAGCAACAAUAUUUCUGCUUUGUGCUACACCACUGUUUAACGCUGACUGGUGAAACAGACUUAAACACGAGUUAAUUUAACUAUAAACAAACUUUAAAAAAUUGGUUGACAGUUUGAACACAGCUUCUCUUUUUGCCAGUGGUACAGUAAGUGGCCACUGUACAAGCACAAAAGCAAGCCCAUUUAUUAUUUUUGAAUGUUAGGAAGCAUAAAGUAUUGUUGCGUUAUCUCUUUUGUUUCUAGUUUACCUUUAUAAAAGCAGUUAUCAUGGUUAAGGUUAUUCAAUAAAAAAUUGAUUAGAAUCAAAUAAGGCUCACAUCAAUGAGAAGGAGUUUAUUGUAGUAGCAGAUAUUGGAGUGAUAAUGAGUUUAGAAAAUCUCAGUGGUGGAUGGUUGUGCGUUCUCAACCACUUUUCAUCAGUGCAACGAAGGCACAAAGUGAAAAGAGGCUGAUCAGGUGAAUAUAAUGAGUUUAGGUGAUGACAGAGAAACUAAUGGAAGCUGUCCCUGCAAGAAUACAAAAAUCAAGGCUGUAAAUAAUGAAGGCUUUCACAUGCAGGUACAGACACUAUGGUAUAUUUUAUCUGAUUAUUUAUAGUUGUCCGGGUACUUUAGUGCUGUAUGUCUGCUGGGGUUUUUUGGAAUAAAAUGAUAUGAUCAAAACCCA